UUUGACUUAGCAUUCUUAUCCUUUUUUUGUAUUGUGUCACUUGAAACUACUUUAUAAACAAGUAAACAUUACAAGAAUCGUAACGAAUAUACCUCGACCACCCAAGAUUUUUUAGUUUGCUUUUUUUUCCCAAAAAAAACAAAAGGUACGAGACACAAAAAAUGUCAUUCACCGCGAACUCCAAGGCACCUCGGAUCCAUCCAGACCAGGCUCCCCAGGAGCCGACGGGUCAAGUCGCGGCAGACUCUCUGGCGGCAGAAUCCUUGAGUCGGCGAGGAGAAUUUUCGAAAAACGUCCACGCCGAGGCUUCGUCCGUGUCGGGGUCUUCAUCGACCCUGAACAACACCGACACAUCGGCGGCCAAAGUUCUCCGACCGGCUCCUGAUAGCGCGGCGAGAGGAGAUGACGACGAGCAGACAAGCCCAGGGGGGGAAGCGGCGGCACCGGCCGGAGCAAGUGACUUUGGAGCGUCGACGACCCUGCAAGGAAGCAAGACUGGACCAGAUCCAAACAUCAAAUCCAGUGGUACGAACACGGGCUCGUCGACCGGCACGUCAACCGGCGUACGUCCUCACGUCGACGUCGCACCCGGGUACACGGCCAGCGUGACCGGGACGGCCGCACCGAAGGGAACCUAUCAACCCAAAGGUGACAAUCUGGAAGACGCGGACGAGACGGAAACGAUGCCCAAAGGACCCAAAACUUUUGUCGGGGACGUCGGAGGACAAGACGAUCCGGGGAGGUCGGCGGAACAAAAGUUCGUCGCCAGAAAUACCGGCGGGGUCGAACCGAACACGUCCUCUGGUGAUCCUGGAGGUCGUGCUCAGAGACGAGCGGCAGACUCUACCGCCUCGGGAGGAGCGGUGGUGGGUGAACAAGGUGGAAGUUUUGGUGCCUUGAGUGGCAGUGAGAGGGCUUAAAACACCGACUAGGAAAAGAAAAAAAAGAGAACAUGGGCAUCAAACAUCAGAUCGUAUAUUGUAUGGCUGGCUGGUGCUGAUGGUACCGUUGCAGGAAGUAGGACAACCAAGGCGUUUUUUUGGACCCCUUUGUUGAUGCUGUGUCUGGCAAGGGUUGGCCGAUUUUGCCUGCCACUGUCCAACCGUUUGUACAUCCUUUCCCAGAGACCUGGGGGCAAGAGCAGCCUCUUUGCCCCCGGGUCAUCUGUUGAUACAACAAACCCCCUAAUAAAAAUGUGUUUGUGC